AUGUCGUCAAUCGGAUCCAGAUUGGCGGGAGCGUCACCAAACUUCGGCGCUGGCUACCCUCAGAACAGUGGUUUUCAGAAUCAGCACACCUCAAGCCCCUACCAUGGACAACAAACGCAGCAGGCUCCCUUUAGCUCUCCCCAUCAUCAAAGCGUUCCUCAAGUCGUUCACAACGGAGCUGGGUACAAUACACCAAACAACACUGGUAUCAUCCCUCCAAGCCAAAUAACACCUAAUCGAGCCAGUCCUGCUUCGUAUGCCAGUACACCGUCCCACUCUUACAACCCUCCAACGCAGUCUUCUGUCAACUCUCCGUACGGAUACGGAAACGGUUCAACAUCGACCUACAACUCCCCUCACCAAAGUCCGUACGCUCAGCAACAGCAGCAACAUCACCAAGCUCCUAGACCUGGUUACGGAAGCCCAGGUUAUGGCCAAGGAUAUUCAGCUGUUCCAAAUCAGUACGGCAGCCAAUCCGUUUCAGGUGGUGGUUAUGGCCGAUCACCGCUCACACAAGGCCUGGUGGGUCAGAUAACAAACGCUGUUGCUGGAAAAGUGAGCACAGAAUACGCCGAAAAAGCGAUCCAAAAGUCAAUCGACUUGAAAGACUGGGGUCUCAAAACGUACCGCUGCACGAAGCAAAUGUACAACGAGCGUACCGGCAAAGGCACGCGCACUGUCGACUUCCAGUUAGAUGAGAAGAUCCAAAAGAUUAAAAACACCAAGGCUCGUUACACCAGGUUGCUGGAACUGACAAGUAGCUUGGCAGCGCAGUUGACAGCGAUUAAAGGAACGCACAAGGCAAUGUCGGAGGUGUUCAACGAUUUGACUAGGCAGCAGCCGGAGCUGAUGGGAGAAUUGAGCGUAAAUGGGUCUGUUUAUCAUCACAUCACAGACCAGGGCGAUACCCUUAUCAAAGUCCUUUCUUCCUUCGCAGAUUCGUUGAAGACUCUUGUUACUCAGACAAUCCAGGACUCGUUGGACACAAUCACCAAUUAUGAAAAGUGUCGGAUCGAGUACGACGCGUACAGAAACCAGCUUGAAGAACUCCAGAUGACGCAGAGGAACGCGAUGAGCGGUAAAGUUCGAGAGACGCAGUUUAAAAUGGACCAGGCGAGGGCGGCAUAUGAGCAGAAAAGGAGCGAUGUUGGUGUGAAGCUGGAGUUAUUGGAUGAGAAUAGAAUCAAAGUCAUGAGACAACAGUGUCUCUUGCUCCACUCGGCUACAGUCGCGUAUUUCAACGGUUCCUACGAAAAAGUGGCAGAAACAGUGAAGGUACUUGAGCGAUACCAGCAAGAGCGGCAAGAGGAAAUUCCAAGCUUCUUGGAAACGGAAAACUACGUAAAUGAUACUAACAGGCCUAAAAUGCCGCGGCCAAAGACUGGCCUCCGUCUCGCUGGACAACUUGACAGAUCUGGAACGCCCCCUUGUGGCCGAACACCAGUCGAUGAUGCUCCACCGCAGAUGUUUGACAUGUUAGGAGAGCCGAUCGUACCCCAGGAGCAGCGAGUUGCGACUCCCCCAAUUCAUGGAGUAAAUAUCGUCGGAACAAUGAACUCUGCACCCGUUGCUGAUUUGAUCUCGACUCAGAAUUCAAAGCCUGCUACUCCCGAGCCGACUAAUGGAGUGCACAUUGUUGGAGUGAUAAGCCACGAUGAGAAAGAAAACCAAGAACAGCCCCCAGCGCAAGAGGCGCAACUGAUAAGUACAGAAGAAACCGCUGAAAAAGACGACCUCAGUCUGCAGUUCAAAGAAGCGUCCAUUUAA